CCUGGUUCGCCAGGGCGAGCGGGGCUGGUGGGUGGGCGUUUUCCGCCACAGCCGUAGUGCCAAGGCCUGGAACACCACUGCCGUCUGCAUCUUUGGGAUGGAGGAGAUGAAGGAGCAAGCCCGUACGUCGACGCACUUCAUCAUGAACGGGCAGAGCUCUGAGGUGCAAUCAAUCAAGAAAUUACCUACCUUGAUUCACUCUGGAUUAGUGGCUGUUUAUGGCACAGUUGUUUUGAAUCGGAUAGUUCUCUUCUUGGGAACAGAAGAUGGACAGUUACUGAAGGCUACUCUUAAUGAGGAUAUGGAAUCUAAUUGCCCAGAAGUUUUAUAUGAAAUUGAGGAAGAAACCUCCGUUUUCCACAAACUUCGACUUGAUCCAGUGAAUAAUAACUACAUCUAUCUGUCCUCUGCCAAUAAAGUGAGAAGAAUACCAGUCGCAAAUUGCAGUAAAUAUGCUUCUGAGCAAGAAUGCUUAUCUGCAAAGGAUCCCUACUGUGGGUGGUGUCCUUUGAAUCGAAGGUGCACAUUAGAAGAAAAUUGUACACAUUCAAACAGCAUAAAGGGUUGGUAUAACAUUUCACAUGCACCCGAUAAAGAUCUGAAACUCCAGCUAAAUUUCCCUGCCAAAAAUCAGGUGGUUGUGACUGCAAGUGUAAGCAAAGUCCUUACUUCCUGUAUGAUAAAAGUUACAACAUCUGUUGAAAUAUUUUAUGAGAAUGUAGUGCUGAAAAACUCAUCCUGUUUCUGCAGUCUAACCAGUCUGAAGAUAACUGAUAAUGUUUGUUGUCUGAAAGAUAUAGAGAGAGGAAACCGUCUGUAUGAUUAUAAAACUGGAGAAGCAGCAAAACUGAUUAAACAUGAGAUGCUGUCAAGUCAUAUCAGUAUUCAAUCCAUUGAACCUUUGUGGAUUUCUACAUUAGGCAAAAGUGAAAUAACAGUCAAAGGAGAAAACUUCACACAUGCAUCAGACAUAAAACUGAUACUGACUGGAAUCACUGGCUGUAAACCAGACGUCAUUAAAGUUAGAAAUGUGCUAAAUGAUAUACAAAUGACAUUUGCUCUCCCACCAACACGAAAAGAGGCCAAAAGUAUAUGUAUACAGGCUAAUGGGAAAAAAUGUUCACCACCAAUGACCCUGCAUUAUGUUUCACUGCCAUCAUGUUCUAGAAUCACACCAAAUACCUCCUGGAUCAGUGGUGGUCGCAGAAUUACUACAACUGGUAGAAAUUUUAAUGUGGUGGACAGUGUGAUUAUUUCAGAUGACCAGAGAUCAAACCUCACAGUCUCUAGGUGCCCUGGAAAUGCAUCUGAAUAUCAUUACUUAACGCCAAGCUUGAGCCAUGCAACAGAGGGUAAAGUUGUCGAUAUGAUGUUAAAAGUGGAAACUACCUUUAUACCAUGUGUGAAAUUACACUAUCACCCUGACCCAGUGUUCAUUAACUACCAGCUGCACACUGAACUGGAUCCUGAUCUGGAAUUAAAAAUAUAUAAAGAAAAUGAUAACUUGAAUAUUUCUAAAACUGAGGUAGAAGUUUAUCUCUCAUAUAUGAUGGGUGCACAGACCAAAAAGAUAUGGUUCAGUGUCCAAAAUAUUACCAAAAAGCCAGACCGUAGCACCAUACUGUGCAAAUUCAAAAGGGAAGGAACAGACAAGAUUGACUUUUCCACAGUGAAAGUUUUUGUCAAAUUAGGAAAUUUUGAGCAUGAAGUCAAACCAACAUCAUCACACGUAUAUUUGUAUGUUCUUAUUUUGCUCCCUAUUGUGGUGGUGGUUGUUAGAUUCUCGGCAUUCAUAGUUACUAGAUACAAAUCCAAAGAGUUAACUCGUAAACAGAGUCAGCAACUUGAACUGCUGGAAUAUGAGAUCCGCAAGGAAAUCCGCGAGGGAUUCGCUGAACUGCAGAUGGAUGAAUUAGAUGUGGUGGAUAGUUUUGGAACCGUUCCCUUCCUUGACUACAAACACUUUGCUCUUAGAACUUUCUUUCCAGAGUCAGGAGGCUUUGCAUCCAUCUUCAGUGAAGAAAUGCCACAGAGCAGAGACCAAACGAGCAAGGAUGAAAGCUUCAACAUGUUGCAUGCUUUAAUUUGUAACAAGAACUUUCUUGUUACUCUCAUUCACACCCUUGAAAAGCAGAAAAAUUUCUCUGUGAAAGACAGGUGCUUGUUUGCAUCCUUCUUGACUAUUGCACUACAAACUAAGCUAGUUUAUCUGACCCAUAUUUUGGAAGUGUUGACAAGGGAUUUGAUGGAGCAAUCAAGCAAUGUGCAGCCUAAGCUCCUGCUCAGACGAACCGAAUCUGUGGUAGAAAAAUUGCUGACAAACUGGAUGUCUGUCUGCCUUUCGGGGUUUCUCCGGGAGACAAUUGGUGAACCUUUCUAUUUGCUGGUGACAACCCUUAAUCAGAGGAUAAACAAAGGACCUGUUGAUGCAAUAACUUGCAAAGCCCUGUACACGCUUAACGAAGACUGGCUGCUGUGGCAAGUGUCUGAAUUCAAAACAGUGGUACUGAACAUUAUCUUUGAAAAAAUCCCAGAAAAUGAGAGUGGAGAUGCCUGUCAAACUAUCCAAGUGAAUGUUCUGGACUGUGAUACCAUAGGCCAAGCCAAGGAGAAGAGCCUUCAGGCUUUCUUUAAUAAGAAUGGGUUUCUCUAUGGUCUUCAGCUGGAUGAAAUUGGGCUUGAACUUGUGUCUGAGGAGCAGCAAAGAGAAUUGUUAGAUAUUGAUGGUUCCUCAGAGGUGAUGGAGGAUGGGAUAAGGAAGCUAAAUACCGUCGGUCAUUACGAGAUUUCAAAUGGAGCAACCAUUAAAGUCUUUAAAAAGAAGGCAAAUAUCCGAUCAGAUGUGGACUACUCAGAUGAACACUGUCAUUUGAUUUUACCAGACUCGGAAGCAAACAAAGAUGUGAAGGGAGCAGGUCACAAAGGAAAGCAAAAAUUCAAAGUGAAAGAAAUGUAUCUCACAAAGCUUCUGUCAACCAAGGUUGCAAUUCAUUCAGUUGUUGAAAAGCUCUUCAGGAGCAUUUGGAGUUUACCCAACAAUAAAGCACCUGUUGCCAUCAAGUACUUUUUUGACUUUCUGGAUGCCCAGGCGGAGAGCAAAAAAAUUACUGACCCCGACGUGGUCCACAUAUGGAAGACCAACAGUCUUCCUCUUCGCUUCUGGGUGAACAUCCUGAAGAAUCCCCAAUUUGUCUUUGAUAUUAAGAAGACUUCACAUAUAGAUGGUUGUUUGUCUGUAAUCGCACAAGCUUUCAUGGAUGCCUUUUCUCUAGCAGAACAGACACUGGGGAAGGAAGCACCAACAAAUAAACUUCUCUACGCUAAGGACAUUCCACUCUACAAGAAGGAGGUGAAAGCAUACUACAAAGCCAUCAGGGAUCUGCCUCCACUGACCACUGCAGAGGUUGAAGAAUUUCUAACUCAGGAAUCUAAGAAACAUGAAAAUGAAUUUAAUGAGAAAGUGGCCUUGAUUGAAAUCUACAAAUACAUAGUGAAAUACUAUGAUGAGAUUGUCAGCAAACUCGAGCGAGAACGGGGGUUUGAAGAAGUCCAGAAACAGCUCCAGCACGUAAAAGCCUUAUUUGAUGAAAAGAAAAAAUGCAAAUGGCUUUGAGCAGAGCACUGACUCACAGCGUCACUGUGGGGGAUUUGAAAUCAGCGCUACUGCU